GGCCCGUUGCCAAUGUUUAACUACAAAGCUGAAAACGGCGAAAGGGUAAGUCUAAGCAUAAACAAAUGUCAAUUAUCAGGGGAUAAAAGGAACAACACCACCAAUUGUUCCAUGAUAGAAUGGUACACGGAUGGGGUAAGUAAGUCAGAGGGCUACAUUGACGCCGCAUUCCGUUCGUCGCGUACUAAUGAAGCAUACCUAUUCAUGAAGAACGAGUAUCUGCUACUCGACUACGCAACAGGGUCAUCAGAUGACAGAGUACUCAACGGACCGUUCCUGAUACCCUACGGGUUCCAUUCACUAAAGGGUACCGCCUUUGGAGACUAUGGAGUAGACUGUUCUUUUGGGUCUGAUAAUAAGUAUGAAGCUUCUAUUUUCUCGGGAAAUUUAUGUGCCCGGAUGAACUACGCUCCGGGCACCACAAACGACCGUAUCACGAGCGGUCCCAUGACUAUCACUAAGAUGUUCCCUUUCUUCAAAAACACUAACUUCCAAAACGGAGUAGAUGCCGCAUUUGAGUCAUCUACUCCGUAUGAAGCCUAUCUAUUUAAAGGCGAUCAGUAUGCUCUUAUAAACUACAAGAUGGACAACAAUGCCUCUCCCCGUCUUAUCGCCAUCCGUUCUAUAUCGGGGUUUGGUAGUUUGAGAAACACCAUCUUCGAAAGCGGAUUUGAUGCGGCAUUUGCUUCACACCGAAACAAUGAGGCUUACCUUUUUAAAGGAGACUCGUAUGCGCUCAUAAACUUUGCUCCUGGUUCAACAGAUGACUCUCUUAUUGGCGGGGUUAAGAAAAUUCUUCCUAAUUGGACUUCUCUGCAAUCCAUAUUGCCUCGGAACAACCGUGGUAUUGACAUAACUGGUGAUGAUGAAUCAACUUGAAAAUCAUUGCAAUAUAUAGUCCUACUACAAGCUAAGUUGUUUUAUGAGGAUUAUAUUUAGAGUUUGUCUACAGUUUUUACUUCUCACUUGAGAAGGUUUUUCUUGUUUUAGGCUUAGGGUAUUUAAAAUUUUAAA